CAACUAAUGGCCAAACGCAAAGUCGCUGCGGAAAGCGAUGACGAACAGGCUGAGCUGUCCCAGGUCUCGAAGCGUGCGAAGACCGAAGACAGUGAAGAUGGUGUGCAGGUGGGCACACAACAAGUCGACCGAAAACCGGUUGUGAAUGGCAAGACUAAACACAAGAAAGCACGCCGAGGCGACAACGAUGAAGAAGAAGAAGAAGAAGACAGCGGUGAUGCUGUCGUUGAAGAGGAGGAUGAACGGAGGUUUGAGGAGGAUCAUGGCGAGCGCAUUCGCGCGCAGCUCAAGGCUCGCCGUAAUGUACUAGGCGGUGUCGCCGAACACGGCAUCAUAGAGUCUGUCGAGAUGCACCAGUUCAUGUGCCACCGACGCCUUACAUUCUCUUUUGGGCCUCAGGUAAACUUCAUUAUCGGUCAUAACGGAAGUGGCAAGAGCGCUGUGCUCUCCGCACUUACCAUCGCUCUGGGUGGCAAAGCAAUAUCAACUGGUCGUGGUAACGGUCUUAAAUCGUUUAUUCGAGAGGGACAGGAUGCCGCCGAAGUCAGUAUCAUCAUCAAGAAUCAAGGUGAAGAGGCAUACAAGCCCCAAGAGUACGGGAAAAGUAUCGUUAUCACUCGGCGAUUCACUAAGGAUGGUGGAUCAUCAUGGAAGAUCAAGAGCAAGGAUGGUAGGACUAUCUCAACUAAGAAGGAGGAAUUGUCAGCCAUCUGUGACCACAUGAACAUACAAGUGGAUAACCCACUGAACGUCCUCACGCAAGAUUCCGCUCGCCAAUUCUUGAGCGCCUCUCACCCUUCUGAUAAAUACAAGUUCUUCCUUCGAGGCACUCAGCUUAGUCAGCUGCAUGAAGAGUACGAUACCUGCCUGGACAACAUUAACCAGACUAAAAAGGUCCUUCAAGUCAAGAAGCAGGCGAUCCCGGAUCUCAAAGCCGCUUACAGAGAAGCCUCGGCACGAUACGAGGAGGCUACUAAAGCCCGCAAACAGCGAGAUAAGGUCGACGAGUUGAAGAAAGAGCUCGCUUGGGCGCAUGUGGCCACCAAAGAAGAUGACAUGACGAGGAAAUUUGAAGAAGUGGCUAAGAUGAGACGAAGACUCCCUAAGAUCCAGGAAGAAAUUGCCGCAGCAGAGGAACAAUUCAAAGCCGCGUCCGAUGCAGUUGCCCAGCACGAUACCGAACAUUCUGAUCUUGGCGACAUCGAUCAUAUACAAGCGCAGGUUGACAACAUCAAGAAUGAAAUGCGUGGAAAUAAGAACCAACUCAGCAACUACAAGGACGACGAGAAGCGCAUGAACGACAGCUUGGGUGCGCUCAAACUUACCAUUGAGGACUUCCAACGACGCAUCGCAGAGGAGACUCGCAAAAUGGAAGUUCACACCCAGGCACGCCGCGAAGAGAUUCAGAGGCGCCUCGCCGAGGCCAAGGAAGCUGUCCAGAACGCUGACUAUGAGUAUAAGUCCAUCGUACAUCAGAAGAUGGAGAAAGAACGCGCGAUGAUGGAAACCACUGAUCGCGGAAAGGCGCUGGAGGCGAAGAGGAGCAAUGAAAGGCAGCAGAUUGUCGGAUGUCAACAGGGUAUCCAACACUGCCGAGAGCAAGAGAAAAACAGCUAUGCAGCAUACGGAAGCAACAUCGAGGAGGUCCUCAGGCGUAUCAAGCAAACGAGAUGGCAUGGUGAGACCCCUAUAGGGCCUUUGGGGACGUUCGUACGCCUGAAGGACCAGAAUUAUGGGCGCGUCCUGCGGUCUCAGCUCGCCAACGUGCUCACUUCCUUUGCCUGUACGGAUGCCAGGGACGAGCCCGUCCUCAAACGUAUCCUCAGAGAAUUCCACAAUAAUAACUCUGUCAUCGUCUCCGGUCGCGAUCUCUUCGACUUCAGCAGUGGUGAACCGCCGGAAGGUGUUUUGACAGCUCUUCGUGUUCUUGAUAUAUCGGACCCAUGGGUACUUCGUCUCAUCGUUAACUCUGCUGGCAUAGAGCGGGUAGUUUUGGCGCCAACCCGCAAAGACUGUGACAAUAUCCUUAUCAAUCUCAGGGGAGGAUCGGGCUGGACAAUGAAUGGCAUUCGUGUUCAGAGAUACUCUGACGGAGGUGGUUCAUCGAGUCCAUUCAACCUGCCUGGACCCCAAGAUCGCAGGAACAUGCUACUGAACGACACCAACGUUGCUUCAAGUGUCAGACGCUAUGAGGAAGAAAUGCAGCAACACGAGGUUCAAGUUAAAGAAAUGGAUGCAGAAAUUCGUCAACUCAGGCAGGAGUGGGCCAAUAUGAAUAACGAUGCUCAAAACUUCAAACGUCAAGAACAAGUUACUCGCGAAAGACUGAGGGACCUUGAGAAUAAACGCGACACUCUACAAGCCGAAGCUAACGAAGAAAUGCCUGCGGGCAUAUCUGGUUACCAACAGGCUGUUGACGAAGCCGAGGCGGAGAAAGCAUCGAUCUACGAGCAGUUCAGGACCUUGAUUGAGCAUAAGCAGGUUAUCGACGACAAGCAGAAGGAUUUACUUCUUCAGAUGAAUGCCUUGAAAAGUCGUCAGACCGAUUUCUAUGGCCGACGGGAGGCCAUUGUCAAAAAAGCGGAGCAAGCUGUUGCAGAGCGUCUCAAGGCUGAAAACAGGAAGAACCAUUAUGAGCAAAAACGAGACGAAGAACAGCGAAAGGUUGAGGCUGCGGACAAAGAGGCUGCUAAACUUCAGGAGGAGUAUGAGGAUUGGACCAAACAAGCUACGACGUAUUGCGACCGAGUACCCAGUCCUCGCAAGGUGGACGAGAUCCAAAGAAACCUUGACUCCGUCCAGGCGGCGCUGAAGGAGAGGGAGAAGAGACAAGGUGCCAGCGUCGAGGAAAUGACCAUCGAGGUCAACAAGGCGAAGACUGAUCUCGAAAAUGCGCGAGCCGAUCUGGAAAGCCUCGACCUUCUCAACAGGGCCCUUAAGAACUCGCUCAGCUCACGCUUGGCCAAGUGGCAGGAGUUCCGACGGCACAUCGCUCUGCGGUGCAAGCUUGUAUUCCAGUACCACCUUUCGAACCGUGGCUACUAUGGCAAGGUCUUGUUCGACCAUCAGAAGGAAACCCUUCAGCUGAAGGUUCAAACGGAUGAGCAAGCUGCCACGCAAGGCAACGCGGACAAAGAUCCACGGUCCCUCAGUGGUGGAGAAAAGUCGUUCUCUACUAUUUGUUUACUCCUUUCUCUGUGGGAUUCCAUUGGGUGUCCUCUCAGAUGUCUAGAUGAGUUCGACGUCUUCAUGGAUGCCGUCAAUCGCCGUUCGAGCAUGCGCAUGAUGAUUGAUACAGCGAAUGCGUCGGACAAGAAACAAUACAUCUUGAUCACACCGCAAGACAUGAAUAACAUCGUUAUUGGGAACACCGUCCGGGUGCACCGCAUGCCCGACCCGGAGCGUGGCCAAGGAACUUUGGACGACUAUCGCUAAUCAUAUACAUAGUGGCAGGGCAGGUAACUUAGCAUAUGCGGUUUAACUUAUCAUGCCGUGCUUUAUGCCUAUGCCUCAUGUUAAUUCCAUUAUCCUACUUGUCCCAGUUGAUCAUGUAUCGUACAUCACCGCACAGGCUCAAUUUAACUACAAUAUUACCUGUCAUAUAUCCCCGCUUUCUAUAGCUUCGAGAUCAUGACAAUAAUGUAUGUUACAAUGUUCAUGGCAAUGAUGAAGUGGCGGAAAGCUUCCAGCCCUUGUCCUUAAAGUUCGCUAACUCGUGGCGCCAUGGUUCCCACUUCUCGCCGUACUUUUUGAUCAAGGCUGCGAGUUCCUCUCUCUGCUCUAGCAGGUUCCAUGGCUGCUCACCCGCGUAGACGUCCGUGAAGAGCUCGCCCAGCUCAUGGCGCUUCAGGCUCUCGGCCUUCUUGAACUGCUGCAUGACCUCCUUCUUGAUGCUUGCCUUGAGCUCCUCCUCUUUCUCGGCCGACCACCAGCCCUUUGACUCCAUAUAAAGACGGAAGCGCGUGAUGGGAUUGUCGAUUUUCUUCCAAUCCUCAACUUCCUGACGUCCACGGUAAGCAAAGGAGUCGUCUGAGGUAGAGUGGUGGCCAAUGCGGUAUGUCAUUGCCUCAACGAGCACAGCGCGCCCACUCUCCAAACAUCUUCUCCGUGCCUCCUUGACAGCGCUGUACACUGCCAAAAUGUCGUUCCCGUCCACGCGGAUCGUGUCCACACCGUAACCAGGGCCACGAGCGGCGAUGCCGUCGCCGUAGUACUGCUCCGACGCGGGCGUCGAGAUCGCAAAACCGUUGUUACGCGCGAGGAAGAUCGUCGGCGUCGGGAUCGUCGACGCGAGCAUCAUCCCGGCGUGGAAGUCGCCCUCGGACGCGGCUCCCUCUCCAAAGUAGACCAUGGAGACGUUCUUGCCUCGGCGGUUGGGGUCGCGCUUGAGCGCGAAGCCGACCCCAGCGGCUUGCGGGAUCUGGGUUGCGAGUGGAGAGGAGAUGGUAUGGAAGUGAUGUUCUGGUGAGCCGAAGUGCUGUGUAAGAAGUCUUGUUAGAUAUCCAUUCGAUAUUUGGUUUGAUCUUCAUUGUUACCAUGGGCAUCUGGCGGCCUUUGCCCGACUUGUCUAGCUCAUUGCCAAAGCAUUGGUUCAUGACCUCAUUCAUGCCAAAGCCUCGCCAGAGCAAGACCCCCAUUUCACGAUAUUGCCCUAGAACUUCGUCAUCUCCCUCCAGAGCAGCAGCAGAACCUAUGAUUGUUGCCUCCUCACCGUAUGCAGUCAUGUAGAAGGAGAUCUUGCCCUGCCGUUGUACGUUGUACAUGAUGUUGUCAAUGACUGGUAGCUGAGCCAUGUUCUUGUAUAGUUUGUGGGCGAGCGCUUCGUCAAUCUCUGGCACAUCAGUACCUUCAAGUGGCUUACCAGCGCCAUCCAAGACGCGAUAGGUGGGUAUUUGACCAGCCUCGCCCGUGACGGAGUUGAAGAAGUGCAACUUGGGUAUGACGGGCGACCGUGACGUCGGCAGAACCCCUUGGGUCUUUUCGGGGAACAUGGGCGUCGCUGCGGUCGAGUAAG